UAUAAAAAUGUUGAUGGAAUACACACCCCUAAAACGCCCUUUAAAUUUCAAAAUCCCGAGGUUUCACACUAGGACUAGGACUUCCGUCUUCUCUCCUCCACCGGCGGCGGCGAAUUGCCGUACGAUUUAUCAGUUAUCCCUCAAAAUGGAGUCUCCAGCUGUGUCGAGGCUAGCAACCAUCCAGAGGCACUUAACUAGUUCGACUUCAGUCAAGGGUUGCUAUGAUGGGUUGAUUAAGAUAUCCCCUAAAGUUUCUGAAGCAUUAGCACAUGGACGACCAGUUGUUGCACUUGAAUCUACUAUUAUCUCUCAUGGAAUGCCUUAUCCUCAAAAUCUGGAAACAGCAAAACAGGUGGAGGAAAUUGUGAGUUCAAAUGGAGCUGAACCUGCCACUAUUGCUAUUUUGGAUGGCAUACCGUGCAUAGGUUUGAGUAUGGAAGAAUUGGAGAGGCUGGCAAUCCUAGGAAGCAAAGCUCGAAAGACAGCUCGUAGAGAUAUUGCACAUGUUGUGGCUACUAAAGGAAAUGGUGCAACUACUGUUUCUGCAACAAUGUUUUUUGCUUCUAUGGCUGGGAUUCCUAUAUUUGUAACUGGUGGUGUUGGAGGAGUGCAUAGACACGGAGAGAAUACAAUGGAUGUAUCUUCUGACCUUACUGAGCUUGGAAGGACUCCUGUAGCUGUAAUCUCAGCUGGUGUCAAGUCAAUAUUAGAUAUUCCAAGAACUCUCGAGUAUUUGGAAACUCAAGGGGUUUGUGUUGCUGCUUAUCAGACCAAUGAAUUUCCUGCUUUCUUUACAGAAGCCAGUGGCUGCAAGGCACCAUGUCGGGUAGAUACACCAGAAGACUGUGCUCGACUAAUUGAUGCAAGCACUAAACUCGGGCUUCAAACUGGGAUAUUAAUAGCAGUCCCUAUACCAAAAGAACAUUCUGCUUCAGGAAGCUUAAUUGAAUCUGCAAUACAAAGAGCUCUUCUAGAGGCUGAGGAAAAAAACAUUACAGGAAAUGCUCAAACCCCAUUCUUGCUGGCUAGAGUAAAUGAACUAACUGGAGGAGCUUCUCUAGCUUCUAAUAUUGCACUUGUCAAAAACAAUGCACUUAUUGGUGCUAAAAUUGCUGUUUUCCUAGCUCAGCUCCGCUGUCAUACUUGAAAUAGGGCGCAGAUUAUACGAUCACAUACAUACAACUGUUACCGUCUUGUCUUCAUUAGUGAAAGAUAAUGUAAUUUUGCCGUUAUUCAGAACAAGCAGAGAGGAUGUUACUAUGAUGUUUUACAACGUGGAUGCUAGUAUGAACUCUAACAUUCACAAGUAAGAACUCUUGCACCCUUA